CCUUCCGUUUUUGACAGGAAUACUGUGUGGCUGAAGACAAUGCAGACGGUGACCACACCCCUAAACCAGGGAUAUCCCGGAUACUGGAAGAUUGUGCUCUGGGAACGGGAGAAUUUCCAGGGUCGGAGACAGGAGUUUACCAGCGAGUGCUCCAACAUCACACAGUGCGGCUUCGACAACGUGCGCUCUGUCCGAGUGGAAAGUGGCGUCUGGGUUGGCUAUGAUCAUCACGGUUUUGAGGGGCAACAGUUUAUCCUGGAGCGCGGGGAGUAUUCCCGAUGGGAGGCUUGGAGUGGUAGUAAUUCCUACCAUGUGGAGUGGAUGAUGUCCUUCAGACCUGUGUAUUGUGCGGACCAUUCGGCCUCUUGUAUGGAAAUCUAUGAACGGGAGAACUUCAUGGGAGUGUAUGCAGAACUGUGUGAGGAUUACCCAUCUCUACAGGCCAUGGGCUGGUCAAACUGCAACGUCGGAUCCAUGUUUGUAAAGAGAGGGGCCUGGGUGUGUUACCAGUUCCCGGGUUACCGCGGUUAUCAGUACAUUAUGGAAUACGAUCGACACUCCGGACAGUUCAAACACUGGAGGCAGUGGGGAUCGCACAGUCAGACUCCACAAAUCCAAUCCAUUCGCAGGAUCAUGCAUUGA